UGAGAGUAGACCCGUAAACAGAAGAUGCUCUCCUUGACAGUGCUGUUGCUCCUCAGUGCUGCUGCCGGUGAGGCUGUGACUGACCGUUAUCACGCGGAUGGACCGGCUGCGUCCUCUUCUCCUCCUCUGACUCUGACUCCGACUCCGUCCCGCUGCGGUGCUGAGGAGUCCGGGCGUCCCGGGCUCGCUUUAGCCCGCUCGGCAGAGCAACCGACCCCGACUACAGUCCACGGCGAAGCGUCACACCCGCACGGAGGGGGUUAUAGGAUAGUGCAGUGGGAAUGGAGCUACGUACAAACACCGUACAUCAUAGCCAUUUGGCUCCUGCUGGCCAGCGUCGCCAAAAUAUUGUUCCACUUCUCACAGCGCUUCACCACGGUGGUCCCGGAGAGCUGCAUGCUGAUUCUCUUGGGUCUGGUGCUGGGUGGUGUGGUGCUCAUUGCCAGCAAGAAGCAGCUCUACCAGCUGGACCCAGGCCUCUUCUUCCUCUUCCUGCUCCCCACCAUAGUGGGGGAUGCUGGGUAUUUUAUGCCUGCCCGCCUGUUUUUCGACAACCUGGGUGCCAUUUUGAUGUACGCGGUGGUGGGGACUCUGUGGAACGCCUUCUGUACAGGGUUCUGUCUCUACGGAAUGAAGCAGGCAGGGGUCAUCGAUGAUAAGGUGGACGCAGGACUGAUGGAGUUCCUGCUUUUCGGAGCUCUGAUCUCAGCCGUGGAUCCGGUCGCAGUUCUCGCUGUGUUCGAGGAGGUCCACGUUAACGAGAUGCUCUUCAUCAUCGUGUUCGGCGAGUCGCUCGUCAACGAUGCGGUCACAGUGGUGUUGUAUAAGGUUUAUAUCUCCUUUGUAGAGGUGGGUCCAGGAAAUGUCCAAACAGCAGACUACUUUAAAGGUGUUGCCUCCUUCCUCAUCGUCAGCAUCGGUGGGACGCUGGUGGGGCUGAUCUUUGCUGUUAUCCUGGCCUUCAUCACUCGUUUCACCAAGAGGGUGCGCAUCAUUGAGCCGCUCUUUGUCUUCCUGCUUGUGUAUCUGGCUUACCUCACAGCUGAACUCUUCUCCCUCUCAUCUAUUCUCUCAAUGACCUUCUGUGGCAUUGGCUGCAAUAAAUAUGUGGAGGCCAACAUAUCCCAGAAGUCCCGCACUGCCGUCAAGUACACGAUGAAGACUCUCGCAAGUAUUGCUGAGACCAUCAUCUUCAUUUUCCUUGGCAUUUCAGCUGUCGACAAGUCCAAAUGGGCCUGGGAUACUGGCCUAAUCGUGUGUACUCUCAUAUUCAUCUUUGUCUUCAGAGCCAUGGGUGUAGUCGGACAGACCUGGAUUCUGAACAAGUUUCGAUUGGUUCCUCUGGAAAAGAUUGACCAGGUGGUGAUGUCGUACGGCGGCCUGAGAGGCGCAGUAGCGUUUGCCCUGGUGGUAUUACUGGACGCGGAGCAUGUGAAGGCGAAGGAUUACUUUGUUGCAACGACCAUCGUUGUGAUUUUCUUCACGGUCAUGUUUCAGGGUCUGACUAUCAAGCCUCUGGUUAAAUGGCUCAAGGUUCCUCGCAGCACUAACAGAAAACCUACCAUUAAUGAAGAGAUCCAUGAGCGUGCCUUUGACCAUAUUCUAGCUGCAGUGGAAGACAUUGCUGGUCUGAAUGGUUACCAUCACUGGAGAGACAAAUGGGAACAGUUUGAUAAAAACUAUCUGAGUAAACUGCUGAUGCGCAAAUCUGUGUACCAUAAAAGCGAGCUGUGGGAGGCGUACCAGAAAAUCAACAUCAGAGACGCUAUCAGUGUCAUCGAUCAGGGUGGAAACAUUUUGACCUCUGCUAGACUCUCGCUCCCCUCUAUGGCCAGUAGAACGUCCUUUCCGGAGGUGACCAACGUUACCAACUACCUGAGAGAGAAUGGUAGUGGGGUAUGUCUGGAUCUUCAGGUGAUUGACACAAACCCUGGCGCAAAGGUUGAGGAGGAAACAGAAACACAUCACGUACUGGCUGGGAAUCUGUACAAACCAAGGAGACGGUACCAGUCUCACUACAGUCGCCACUUCAUAACGGCAGGCGAUCAGGAGAGACAGGACCGGGAGGUGUUCCAGAGAAACAUGCGCAGCCGCCUGGAGUCCUUCAAAUCCACCCAGUACAAACGACACAAGAAAGACCGCAGCCAGAAAAAGCGCAAAGGUUCAGACGCAAAGGAGCAAGAAACCAUUGAAAAGCCCAGGAGAAACGUCAGCUGGCAAGACAAAGACCCUGUGGUAGUGCCACUAGAGCCUGGGGAGGAGAAGGGAGAGCAUUCAGAGCCAGAGAAGGAUGAGGAUGUUGGGAUCACCUUUGUGGCCCACAGGGGUUCAGAAACACCAAAGGCACGACCUAAAUCAGACUCAGCCGUUUCAGAGGUGUGUCAGAGCCCGUCUGUCGCCCCCCCGUCUCCCACGUGCGGAGAGAAAAACCUGCCAUGGAAGGAAGAUGUGGACUCUCUGCCUCCGUGUGUGUCCAGCGAGGCCACUAAAAUCAUCCCCAUAGACCUGCAGCAGGCCUGGAACCAGAGCAUCUCCUCAUUGGAGAGCCUGGCCUCACCUCCGGUCCUUCAAGAAGCACAGCACCCACACGUCAAUCCCCUCUCCAGACUCGCCGCACCCUCGCGGCCUCCCACUUCAGCCCAGUUCUACUUCCCUGGAGGCAAAGACGAGGAGGAUGAGAGCACCCUCACUCACCAGCAACAGGAAAUGCAGCCUCUCAUGUUAUCCAGGAGGCAGCUACCCUAUUCUCUCCCACCCUCUGCCGCACUACCUUCUGGAAAGAGGAGGAAUCCGUGUGUAUAUCUGAGGAGUCUAGUAACAACGCCACCGUCAAACAGUGUGCCGCAUAGCAGAAAACCAACACAGCUGUAGUUUAGAUUCUUUCUCUCUUUCUUUAUAUCUUUAUAUAUCUGCUGCCUUUUAGGCCCUCCGUUAAAUCAUACUGCUGGCUAAUAUGAUAGCCUCAUUCUGAUUUUAUUUCUUCUGAAUAUAAAUUUUACCUUGAUGUUUUUAAAAAGCCAGCAUUAAGGUGAAGGAAAAUUACGACUCCAAAGACCGGACCUUAAGUAAUAACUUGCUGACCUGCAGCACCUGCGGUCUCGGUGCCUGUACAAACAGGGCAGUUCCUCUUACGUGGACAAAUCGUUCCACUUUUCCUGUUUUUCUUUUUCUUUUUCUUUUUUUUUUUGUGUGCUCCAAAUGCAUGCCAAGAAAUUAGCACAGAAUAUAUCUGUGUAGACCACAUUAACAGGGGCUUUUGGGUGUGUCAAUCAAACAUGGCUUUCAUUUACAAGCCAAACCCAAACUUGACAAAAAAAACAAAAAAAACCUCUUCGGAAAAUACUUUUAAACUCCAAAAACCGAGAAAGAACGUCCGAUCGCUAUUUGGCCAGCUCUAUUCUUCGACUCCGCCCAUUCAUCCGAAAGCAAAACAAAAGCGAGAGAAUAAGGGUCAUUCAAUCCAGCCAAACCUCACUGUUAAGAGUCCAAAUUCCACUUUUUGAAUGACUCUUGGCUAAAAAGAGCAGUCCGUUCUCCCCCCGAUCUGCUCAGAGACCGUGAGGAACCAGUGCUCCGUGUAGACGCUGCGUUCUUAUUCGCUAUGGGGGACAAAGCCAGGCAGCUCAAUAAUGCUGUCCACACACACACACACACACACACAACAUAUGUGAAGUGGA